AUAUUCUAUACAACUAUCUACAAAUGUCAUUCUAUCUCUAAAGAGAGGGGAGACUGAUUAAAUUGUGCUGAAUUUUGAAAGGUAACCAUAGUUUCCUUUUCAUAUUCAUUUUUAAAAACAUAAGAUAAAAAUUAAUCUUCUGAAUGUAUUGUAUUAUCACUUUUUUCUAUUGUAGAGGGUUGAAGACUCAUUUAGGAAGCUAUGCUAAAGCUACUUUUGAUUAUCAAUCUUUUUCUAUUUGACAUAGUUAACAGUGCCCCUGUAUACACACCUAUAGAAAAUAGAGCUCAAGCGGUAAAGUAUUUAGUAAAAUAUGGUUAUUUAUCGUCUGUGGAAGCCGGUAACAAUAUGAAUGACCUUCAACGUGCUGUUGAAUCAUUUCAAAUAGAAUUUGGACUGAAUAUUACGAAAAUGCUAGAUUCGCCAACAAUAACAGCUAUGGCUAAACCUAGAUGCAAAAUGAGUAAUAUUAAUAUGACAAUGUCCAUGGGAAAGCCAGAUAUGAUGUAUAAGCUUCACGAUCCUGCAGCAAAUAUGAAGAUUUUCACUUGGACAAUUGUAACAUUUUUAGACAAAUUACCUAGAGACCUUCAAUACGAAGCAGUCGAGAAGGGUUUACAAAAAUGGGCUGAUAAAUGUGACCUGGUGUUUCAUAGGGUUGAUGUUGAGAAUGCUCACAUAAGAAUUCACUUUGAAUAUAUUGAUAGCCCUGGCUCAACAUUAGCCUUUGCUUUUUACCCAGGUUAUACUAAUAGUGGAAAACAAAUUUAUGAUAGUUCAGAAUCAUGGACUAUGGAUAAUGCUGGACACUCUUUACAGUACGUUGUUACUCAUGAAACUGGCCAUACUCUUGGCAUAAUGCACUCGUCAGAUCCUUUAGCUAUCAUGUAUCCCUCAUAUAACUAUUUGGGAGGAGACUAUAGCAUAACUCCAGACGAUGAAAGUGCCUGUAAAAUAUUAUUUGGUGAGAAAAAAGAUAACGGUUGUUUUGGACCAAACGGGAAGGUUUUACUCAGAGAUGGUGGUACUGUUCUCAUGAAAGAUUUACGGAUAGGAGACGUUGUGCAAACGUCUGCAAAUGCAUUUAGUCGCGUCGUCACUCUGCUUGAUCGCAAUGAAAAGUCUUUUGAAACAUUUAUAAGAUUAAGAACACAAAGUGGAAACUUUAUAGAAUUGACAAAAAAACAUCUAAUUCCCAUUAAGUCAUCUGAGAAUGAAGAAAAACGUUACGUUUUCGCUCAAAAUGUCUUGUUAGGUAGCAAAGUUUACUCUGUUGUUGAUGGAAAAGAAAUUGAAGAUGAAGUUAUAGAGAUAAGUUCAAAAACAUAUCAAGGCUAUUAUUCACCAUUAACGUUUCAUGGAACAAUAGUUAUUAAUGGCAUUCAGGCUUCCUGUUAUGCAGAGGUGGAAAGUCAAUCAAUAUCUCAUUGGUCAAUGUUUCCAUUGAGAUCUUUAUCCUAUAUUAAAAAUAUGCUAUCCGUAUCAAAAGUAGAAGAUUUUGAAGGUAUCCACUGGUAUGGAAGACUAUCAAAGCAGUACGCAUUACCAAUAGCCAAGAACUUGGGUAUUUUGUAA